AUGAAGUUGAAUUUGGCCACUGGCCUCAUCUGCUUGCUCGCUUCCACUGAAGUAGUGGCAGCUUCCAGUUGGUGGAGCAAGGCUAUCUACAACAAAUGGCAUGAAACUGAGCUUGAGCGAUGGCUCUCGGACCAUAAUAUCCCCCAUCCCAGUCCCGCCGACCGCCGCGACCUGGAGAACCUGGUCAAGACCAACUGGGAUAGCAGAGUGCAGAAGCCCCUUGGACAAGCUGCCGAUAACAUCAAUCAUGAGCUCCAUCAUGCCAGAGAAUGGGUCUUUGACACUUGGACCGACUCUCAGUUGAAGGCUUUCCUCGAUCGCCAUGGCAUUCCUGCCCCCCAGCCCCGCAGACGCGACCUUCUAAUCAAGACCGUGCGUGAGAACUAUGAGAAGAUCGCCACGAAGAUUGGCCAAACGGCUUCCUACCCCGGAGACUGGCUGUAUGAGGAGUGGUCCGACUCGGAUCUCAAGGAAUGGCUCGACGAGCGUGGAUGGCCGGUACCCCAGCCGUCCACCCGUGAUAAGCUCAUUGCAUCUGUUCGCCGCAACUCACGCAUUAUCAGCUUGCAGUCCCAGAGCAUUGCUGCAUCUGCAUCCGCUGAGGCUGAGGCUGCCAAGGAGACUCUGAGUGAUCAGCUUUUCAACGCCUGGUCCGACUCGAAGCUGAAGGAAUUCCUUGACGAGCACAAUGUCAAGGUGCCUCAGGGCUCGAAGCGCAAUGAACUCAUUGCUCUGGCCCGGAAGAACCGUUACUAUCUUUCCGGCCAGGUGUCGAGUGCCUCCUCCGCUGCUGAGGAAGCGUUUGGCGCUGCUACUACCAAGGCUGGGAACGAAUAUGCGAGCGCUACCGAUUAUGCCAAGCUGAAGGUCGACGAUGCUUUCGAAACUGCGUUGAAUGGCUGGUCUGACUCCCGCCUGAAAGCGUUCCUUGAUGCCCGAAGCAUCCCCGUCCCUCAGAACAGCAAGCGUGAUGAACUCGUUGCUAAGGUCCGCGCCAACGCCCACAAGGCUGCCGGUGGAUGGAACCAGUACAGCUUCGAUACUUGGGACAAAGAACACCUGGUGAACUACCUGUCUGCCGUGAACCACAAGGCAGCCAAGCAGGCCGGUGCCUCACGCGAGCAGCUUAUUAAAAAUGCGCAGGACUCCUACGCCAAGGCUUCCAAGGCUGGCGGCGAACAGUACGCCUCUGCGACUACUGCCCUCGCCCAGGCGACUGGCACAGCCAAGGAUGCCACUUUCGACCAAUGGUCGCAAUCUGAGCUCAAGAGGUACCUGGACAACUAUGGUGUUCCUACCUACCAGGGCUCGAGCAUCAAUGAGCUCCGAGCUGCUGCCCGACGCAACGCCCAGUACUUUAAGUACGGCACCGCAAGCCCGCAAGCUACCAUCUAUGCCAAGGUCAUGGAUACUUUGCAGUGGGUUAUGGAUCAAUUGAAGAUCGGUGCUGCUAGCGGCCGCGCCCAAGGCACUGAAGCUGCUGAAAAGGUCCAGAAGAAGGUCUCUGAGCACACGGAGAGACUUCGUGGAGAACUUUGA